GAAGUGACUGCAGGGGGCAGAUGUCAUGCCCAUCAAAUCUAUCUAAGGCCCUUCGCACAGUAAAAUAAAGCUAAACCCAUUUGGUUACUGACCAGCCUCACCCUAUUGGCUACUACUACACACCCACUAGAUUUAACUGUCAUUGAGAGAGAGAGAUAAUAAAGUUUUAUGAUAGUAUCUUCUGGGUGUUUUUCUGGCUAAUGAGGAAAGUAUAUACUCAUUUUGUUAGCUGUUGAAACUUGAAAAAGGUUUCGGUGGUAUAUUGGAUCUGGCUUCUUUUAUUUCCUAGGGUUUAAGGGGGCGCUCUUCUGAAGGGGGAAAAAAAAAAGAGGCUAGUAAAAAGAGAGAGAGAGAGAGUGAGAGCUGGAAGGGAGUUGAGAGAGAUAAAAGCUAAAGACGUGGUCUUUCUCAUAUACACAGAUCCCUAUGGAAUGCAGGGGUGCUACCCAGCAUUGCUUGCUAAUAUUCAUUCCUUUUGUUUAGUUUAAAGAGACCAAUUUUGUUCUCAUUUAGAGAGAGAGAAAGAGAGGAGAAUUUUGUGCUAGUGGGUGAGUGCAUAGAGCGUAGAGUUUUGGGUCAGAAUUUUUUUUUUCUUGCAAUGAGUUCUGGCUGCUAAACAACAACAACAAAAAAAAAAAAAGGAAAAAAGAAAAAGAAAAAACCAAGCUUUCAUAUGGAAGUAGGCAAGAUUUUGGGUAUGAUUAGUUUAUUUCUAUGGCAAUGAUUGAGUUGCCUUGCAGCGAGGGAGAGAUACUUCUAAGGAACCUCCGGAAGUAGGAAAAGGAAGAGAGAGGUAGAGUGAGAGGAGGAGAAGAUGAAAUCUACGGGUGAUAACAACAAUGGAAGUAAUAAUAACUGGUUAGGCUUCUCUCUCUCACCCCACAUGAAAAUGGAGGUUGCUUCUGACCCCCAACAUCAUCAUCAGUACCAUCAUCAAAACCAUGCUCCUACUGCUGUUUCUGUUUCUGCUGCGGUUCCAACAAGUUUCUACCUAUCUACCACUCACUUCAACAGCCCUGGAAUCAGUUAUGGAGUUGGAGAAAAUGAUGGCUUUCACUCUCCUCUGUCUGUUAUGCCCCUCAAGUCUGAUGGGUCUCUUUGUAUCAUGGAAGCUCUCACUAGAUCACAACCUGAAGGAAUGGUGUCGAGUCCGUCACCGAAACUGGAGGACUUCCUAGGUGGUGCAACUAUAGAAAGCCAUCAGUACAGUAGCCAUGAAAGGGAAGCUAUGGCCUUAAGCCUAGACAGCUUGUACUACCAUCAAAACUCAGAGCCAUCAACUAAUAGACAACAUUCGCUGGACCUUCACGAACCAUUUAGGCAGCAAGACCAGCAGUUUUCAGUUCAGCCCCACCCAUACUAUUCUGGAAUAGCAUUCCAAGGUCUAUAUCAGGCCCCACUGGAGGGGGAAACCAAGGGUACUCAGCUUGCAGAUUGUAAUUCACAUAUUCCUCAAAUGGGAGACGAUGAAUUGCCUUGCUUAAAAAACUGGGUUGCUAGACACUAUUCCUCCCAAAGUGCACUGGAGCAGCAGAUUAAUAGUAGUAUGGUUAAUGAUGGCGGGUCUUCUUGUUCUGUUAGUGCUUUGGGCUGUGGGGAUUUACAGUCUCUCAGCUUGUCUAUGAGUCCUGGUUCGCAGUCAAGCUGCAUUACAGCUCCGAGGCAGAUCUCUCCUACUGGCGCUGAAUGUGCGGCCAUAGAAACGAAGAAGCGAGGUCCUGCAAAAGUGGGUCAAAAACAACCUGUUCAUAGGAAGUCUAUUGACACAUUUGGCCAAAGAACAUCACAGUAUAGAGGUGUUACGAGGCACAGAUGGACUGGUAGAUAUGAAGCCCAUCUCUGGGACAAUAGCUGUAAGAAGGAGGGCCAGACCAGGAAAGGAAGGCAAGUUUAUCUGGGGGGUUAUGAUAUGGAAGAGAAAGCUGCAAGGGCUUAUGAUCUUGCUGCCCUCAAGUACUGGGGACCUUCAACCCAUAUAAAUUUUCCGUUAGAAAAUUACCAGGAGGAACUUGAAGAAAUGAAGAAUAUGAGCCGCCAGGAAUAUGUUGCGCAUUUGCGAAGAAAAAGUAGCGGGUUUUCUAGGGGGGCCUCGAUCUACAGAGGAGUAACGAGACAUCACCAGCAUGGAAGAUGGCAAGCAAGGAUAGGCAGGGUUGCAGGAAACAAGGACCUUUAUCUUGGGACUUUCAGUACCCAAGAGGAAGCUGCUGAAGCUUAUGAUAUUGCUGCGAUCAAAUUUCGUGGGGUUAAUGCCGUGACUAACUUUAACAUAACAAGAUAUGAUGUUGAUAGGAUCAUGGCCAGCAACACUCUUCUAGCAGGAGAGCUAGCCAGGAGAAACCGAGAUACGGAAUCUAGCAUUGAGGCCAUUAAUUAUAACUCAUCAACACACGACAAUGGUGUUCCAUACCAGUCAUCGCAGGAACCGUCAAAUGCCUGCGGAGAAUCACUUGAUCAGAAGUCGAUGAGUUCUGGAAAUUAUCGAGGUUCUUCUUUCUCAGUGGCAUUGCAAAAUCUUAUUGGUAUCGAUCAUUCAGUGAACUCUAGCCAGCUAGUGGUAGAUGAAUCAGCCAAGCUAGGGACUCUUCUCUCUAACCCCUCAUCGUUGGUGACCAGUUUGAGCAGUUCUAGAGAACCUAGCCCCGAUAAGACUGCCACCACUAUGUUCUUCGCUAAACCUCCACUGGCAUCAAAGUUCGUUAGCCCUACAACUAGCGUCACUCCUUGGUUCCAAGCUGCCCAAUUGCGGCCAGCGGCAAUCCCCAUGUCUCACUUGCCAGUUUUUGCUGCAUGGAAUGAUACCUGAGGCCUUGUGUUUUUGGUUUACAUGUGAUGUUUUUGCAUGAACCAAGGAAAAGGAGAAAAUACUCUGUUGAAGGAGGAAAAAGGAAGGGUGAAGGCAGGAGUUUUCAUUAUGUUUUCUUUUUAAGGUGUUAGUAGAGGAAAUUGGGGAUUCAAUGAAGGACAAGGGUGGGGGCCAGUUAUCUGUCUGUAACCCAAGUGUAAGAAACUUUUGUCAAAUUGACCUUUUGGCUCAUAUUAGAAUGAAAAUUUUGCAAA